AUGUUUGCUCACUACAUCAAUGUCAAGCAGGAUGAGGUGGUGCUGCAUAUUCAUAAACCUCCAAUGAAACAUCCUAAGCAGGCAGUGCGGCUGUCUCAGGGCCUUAAGCAGCUUGGGAAGCGGGCUUGUUCUCUCCAGCAACGAGACCCUUGUAGCAAUCUGCGAACCAUUAAUAGAACUAGAUUGCGUAGUAAUAGUCAACCACAAAAUUAUGCAGACGUAUCUUGUCAAGUUGUUCGGCCCGCGUUUCGAGAGCUCGUUAAUGGCUAUAGUGGCCAACUGUAUUUUGGAUCCACAGUUCAGUAUGGUAGACAGCUGCGAGACUUGGGUGCAGAGCCAGUUUCAGAUCAACAUGGCGAUUUUCAUAUGGUCAAAGAUGCGUCCCCACAGUUCAGGCACAAGAAGCAUCUCACAAAUAAAAUAGGGCAUCUAGUUUCAGGAGCUGAGUAUGAUGAAAUUUUACGUGAUAUUGGAGGGAUUAAUAACAUUUUUCAACUUGACGAGCAAACAAAAUCUACAAUGGCGUCAAUUUCACUUAAUAUCAAAAGGAACGCCGUGAUCGACGGCGCAUUAUCUUCUCUGCUUAACGCCAGCAGCGCAGACGCUCUCCGUGCCGAGCUCUUUCAGAUUAAGGUCAGAUGGCCUAUGCAUAUUAGGUCUCUUUAUGCCAGCACGCAGAGCACAGACAUCGAUGUAGUACUUAAGAGUAUUAACGAUCUCCUUAAGCUGUUAUCGUAUGCAACGGCUACAAUCCUGGACAGAGACCAGCUAAUUUACUUCGCAGAGGCUGUGAUAGGGAUGGUUGACCUGCGCAUCCUCCUGUUGGCUCUAAUUAAUUUACUUAGUAAUGCCAACUAUACCAUUCUAGUCCUCUCCUACAUUACGCGGUUAUUCAACGCAGACAUAAGAUCUAGAACUCUCAUAGAGGUGUAUCCCUUACUCCGAGAGGUUACCCGAAGCUUUGUGGUCCCUCUCUUUGCAAAGCUAGCUGCACUCCUAUCGACAGAAGCCGUAUUUGAUCAUACCAUACGUGGACGGCAAUAUGUCAUCCUCCUCGUCAGAUAUCUAUACACAAUGGUGGGCCUAGGAGUCAUAUCCUUGGAAGAAUCACAGUUGUUAGAAAAGGCAGAUUCUUACAACACACGUGAAUGGUCUGUUUUGGCGCGAAAUCUGGGUAUAUCUCAAAAGCCCGGGAGCAUAGUGCUUCAGAGAGGGAUACAAGUACUACGUAACACAUAUGUUGGUCCUGUUAUCAGCGGUUGCGUGGCAGACAUACCUUCUGAAACCGAUUUAGCUGGAGAGACGAAUGAAGCUAGUCCUAAAUCUGCUGUAGAUGACAAGCAUUCCAUAAAGCAAGCGAACACUGAUCAUCCUUUAACGUACAGGGAUCUGCACGCAAAACUAAAUCCUCAACUUGAUAGAUCAAAAGUACAGCCUUUGAAAAAGCCGCUUCAUUAUGUUAAAAGUUAUACUAUCUCUGUGGGUGUCAAACAGAAUAACGCAACUAAUUUGUAUUUUGUUGUAUGGCGCCAACCCCAAAACAAAACACUGUCUAAUAAAGAUCUAUUUAUGAAGCUGUCAUCGCACAUAAAACUAUGUCGCCAUAAAUUGGUAGGAGACUCGCAGCAAGCUAUGGAAACAGAUUCUACUUCAGAACCAGCAGUGGAAAAAUCUCCCCCCGCUGUAUCUUCCUCAGCUCUUAUGCCCAUCGUGUCCUCCCUGGAUGCUGCCACAGAGAAAACCACACGUAUGGCUCUUCCCCUUCCAAGUCCCAACUUAUCACCUUUAUUAUCAUCAUCGAAAUCACCGCCACCGCCACCGCCGCCACUAUCACAGCCGCAACAAUUCGACAAAAAGGAAAACAGGACACAGCGAUUGCCAACAAGACUUGCUCAAGCUGCUGCUGCAGAGCAGUGUGAUCAUUCCUUUUCAAGCACAAUGUCAUCCACAGACAAGCAAGACCUACGUGACAGAUAUGCCCUUUCCAGCCCAACCAGCAGCACCCAACACGCCUCCUCAAAGGCAGAAGAGCUUCGCUUGGAGCAUCUAAAAGCAACUGGAACGACUCCUCACACAUCUAGCGACUCUGGAGGACACAAUGACCCGCACAUAACGAGACUACGCACUCAUGCCAACUUACGUGGACUCCACAACCUAGUCAGUGACGAUGACCUUAUGCGCAUUUGCCGUGCUGAUUUGGCGGAUACAAACUUGGAGCUACUCACUAACGUGGAUGUUGGAUCUCCACGAACUGUCCCUCAUAUACUGAUACGCUACAAUCUCCUCCGUGACAGAAGCAAUCCCAUACGACGGAUUCCCUUUAGAGAGUUAAUGAACAACCAUGCAACAAUACUUGCAAGGCCCCAAGGUAAAGCAGAUGGCUCUGUGAGAUCCAUAAGUACACCGGUACAGACAAGAAGUAGUGCAGUAGGAGGAAAUGGUAUCUGUCCAGCAAAGAGUGGAGUGCCGUCAGCCAACCUAGAUAUAGUGCAGCUUAACGAGGUAGUCGCCCAACACAUCGUUGAUAUUUCCUUGAGUGAGGUUCGCCAGCGCUUUUCUAAACACUCACUUUGUGGAACUCCAAUUUACACGUCAAGGGACAUUUCAGAUAAAAAAGGAGGACGUGUAGAGCACGAUUUUUGCAUUAACUUGUCACGGAGCACAACCAACUCAAGUUGGAGACCACCAGGUCUUGAGAAAUCCGAUCAAACGGCCUGUGCUAACUUAGUAAGCAGCAUGACCACAAAACUAUCAGAUCUCCAUUUAAAGCUAAAUGCUGCAGAGGGUGAUAUCCAUUCUAUUCAAACAAGCACAUCUAAAUCAAUCAAUCUGCGUAAGAGCAUGGCUACAAAAUCGACCACUAAUCUCCGAAAGCAAGUGUUUCAACGGUCUAAGCAGCACGUCCCGUCGUUGGCAGAAGUAGAAGCCCCUCCAAAGGACCCCGUCGAGUACUUCCCCGUGCAGAUUGAAAAACUUCCAUCAAAAGGUACGAUCCAAGUUUCAUUUGACACUUGGGGGAACAGUGAUCCAGUCUUUUAUAUGCUGCUGGCAUGCGAUGCUAACAACGAUGUGUCUCAAAACCCAGCCGUCAAAGCAUCCGGAACUGAAAGAAUUGGCCCAAUACAGACGAUUUCUACAAUAGAACUGACAGAUCUAUUGAUCAUGCGGAGAGACAAAUCCCAUCCUGCUCCCGAUCCCCAAUUCAGAGCACCAAAAUCAGUUCAGCGUAAUUGUCUUCGUGGAAGAAUGGCCUCCAACAUGCUCCAACCACUAGAAUCAGGACCAGAGUUACUGGCGUCACAUGCAGACAGCUCUGAUAUGUACAAGAGUGUGCAUGACGAUCCAUCUAUGAUAGAUUUAGAAUUACUUGAGAGUGAGCUACUACAAUACUUGAAAUACGUUACACGUCAAUCAGGGGAUGACAUCAAUCUUGCGCUACAGAAGGUAGCACAGUCGGGUAGAAAGGCAAAUCACAUGAGCUAUGCAUUCUUUGAACAGGCUGGUAAGACAGGUAAUCAGAAACCGUUUGAUUUGAAGGAGCACUUAAUUAAGGCAAGAGCAGCAAAUUAUGAAUUAUCCAAAAUAGAGAAAACUGCCUCAGAACUGGACAUCAUUGUUGGAGGCCGUUCGGUAACUAGGCGCCACCUGGUGAGAGGCUCAGAUGGCCUAAUGAGGCCAAUCCCACAUUCUGACGAUAUUCUAGUAUAUUAUGCGAACAAAGCUAUGGCUAAACUCAGUACUCGGACGCCAUUUGUAGAGACGUCCGAUCAAAAGGAAGUCAGUGAAGUAGAUGCUGUUGAAGACGACGUAGACUAUACCUACGAAGAUAGAGAGUAUUCACUAGAAGAGGCCGAGGACGGGAGCGUGCGUCGACACUACAGGAGGUUUGACCAGGAGACUGGCGACUUAAUAUGCUACAUCUCGGAGUCAGAUCAUGGAGAUGAAGAUGCUGGCCAAUACUAUCAAGACUCCAACGGAAGGGCACGCGUGGUCAUCAAAGUUAAAUACAAAAGAAAAAGGCAGGAAGGUCACGCAGAUGCAAACAAGAGUACAGCCCCUAGUACAAGGAACUCUAUUGUCUGCUCUGCUCGCGGAUCUGCCGACAGCUCAUCGGAGUUCAAUAUGGUGCGAUUUUUGGAGGCUCAGAGCGGUGGCGCAAGCAGAAUUUUUGGACAAAGUAUCUUCGGAUUGUCCCAGGCAAUAUGCGAUGAGAUCAUUAAAAUGGCACUUAAAGAAUACCACAAACCGAAGAGGGUGGCAGAUUUAGCGGAAAACAUCUUCACUAGCUUAGUGAACAUCGCUAGUGCUACGGACGAGCAAAGCAUUCAAGGUGCACAGGAUUCCCAUGAUGCCUUAUGUGCCGAUCUUGCGCUGUAUCACGGGCUAUCCCCAGCCGGUGAUACAGAAAAUACCCUAAGGUACUUUGGACUUUCACCCGCGGAAGCCCGUAGAGUUUCUCACGGACUUGUCAAAGAGGUUUUUUCUAGCUCUUCCACUUCCUAG